AGAUGACAUCUGUCUCUGUUGACAUGUUUAUCAAACAGGAAUAAAUAAAGUUAAUUGUUAUUAGGUGGAAGAAAUGUCUUGUAUAUAAUUAUUAUUCAAAAAUAAUCUACGAAAAUGAUAAACAGCUUCUAAAUAUCAUAUAUACGGUAUUAUAUAAUUUUCGGGAAGUGAAAAAUCAGCCGAAUCAUAAAAUUUUCCAGAAUAAACGAUGGAUAGAAUACCAAUACCUGGUCAGAUUGGUUAUCUAAUUCUCAAUGAAGAUGGUGCAGUUUUAUCUUCAUCUGGAGAAUUAGAAAAUGAUGAAAGAACUGCCACAAUUAUUAUGGAUUUGUUAACACUCACCCCUCAAAUAGAUCCCCUUGGUUUUGCGCCAGAAGAAGGUUUCAAGAAGCUCUCAAUAACCUACAAGAACCAUUGCUAUGUUGUUUGUUUAUCGAACAGAAAAAUUCAUAUCAUAAAGAAGAAUUUGAAUUCGAUUGAUGAUUCACUUUCAGUUAAUGUAUAAGGAGAUUCAGGAAUAUUCUUGUGGCGAAUGCUAUCUGUUCAAGUGGUUUUUGUUACUGUGGUGAUCUAAUUUGUAUUUUAUCCCCUAUGAUUUCAAGAUGUUUAUGAAUAUAUAUUAUAUAUAUA